AUCUUAACUAACAUCAUCUCUCUCCCUUUCUCUUUCUCCAAUUUCUAUAUUACAAUGGGUCCUUUUUGUGUGUACUGUACCUCGCUUUUCUCCAUUUCUUAGUAUUGGGUUUUGGAAACCAUUGAUUCAUGUCUUGUUUCAUUAGAUCUUGCUCUGGAUUUCCCAGAUCUAUGGAUCUGCAUGUGGGUUUUGGUCAAAAAUGUCUAAUGGUGUUGCAAUUCCCUAAAGGAAUUCAUCUUUAUCCAUUUCACCUUAUUUUUGUUUCUGGGUAUCUCCAAGAUCUAAUCUUUUUCCUAUUGAAUCAUAAUUACAUUGUUUGUUGCUGAAAAUAUAGAAAUGUUUAGCUUAAUUCAGAUAUAGAUCUUUGUGUAUUUCUGUGCAUUUAGGACAGAGAACUCUUGAGUUUGAUUGGUUCUGUCUGAAUUUGGAUCUGAAUCUCUUAAUUGUUAUGUGUAGUUGAAUUUUGUUUUGUAAUGAUGUUUUUUGUAGAUCUUUGAAAUGGAUGACGAUGGGUUUCGUAAUUGGGGUUACUAUGAACCAGCUGCUGCUACCUUUAAAGGUAAUCUCGGUUUGCAGCUAAUGUCUACCAUUGAUCGGAACACUAAACCGUUUUUACCUGGGCGGGAUCCGAAUCUAAUGAUGGGGCCUAACGGGUCAUAUCACCACCAAGAGCCUCCUAUCCACAUGAGCUACAAUUGGAUUAACCAACAGAAGGAUAAGUUCUUCAAUAUGUUGCCUGUUACAACAGCCACUCCUAACUACGGUAAUGUCCUUCCCGAAACUUCGUCUGCUCCGUCGAUGCAGAUGAAUCUCCAUCAUCAUCUUCAAACCGAGGAGAAUCCGGUUAAGUUGGAAGAAGAGAUUGUUGUUCAGACUAAGAAGAGAAAGACCAAUGCAAAAGCUGGCUCGACUCCAAAGGCUAAGAAGCCAAGGAAACCAAAGGAUGAGAACAGUAACAACAACAACAACAACAACACGAAUGUUACUCGAGUUAAACCCGCUAAGAAAAGUGUUGACUUGGUGAUCAAUGGAGUGAGUAUGGACAUUUCGGGUCUUCCUGUUCCUAUCUGCACUUGCACUGGAGCUCCUCAGCAAUGCUACCGUUGGGGAUGUGGCGGUUGGCAGUCUGCUUGUUGUACCACAAACAUCUCAAUGCAUCCAUUACCAAUGAGUACUAAACGCCGUGGAGCGAGGAUCUCGGGAAGGAAGAUGAGUCAAGGCGCGUUUAAGAAGGUUCUUGAGAAACUUGCUUCUGAUGGGUUUAACUUUGGGAAUCCGAUUGAUCUUAAGAGCCAUUGGGCAAGACAUGGAACUAACAAGUUCGUCACAAUCAGAUGAUUAGUUGCUUGAUUAGUAAAACAGAACAAGUGAGUGUUUCUCUUCCGGGAUGGAAUCUCUCAAUGAUGGUGUAUGUAUAUACAACAAAUCUGAAAUCUGUGACCUUUUCAAAAAUUCUGUCUGCAAUCUGAGUUCGAUUCUGUUUUCAGGUAAACCAUCUUCGUUGUAGGGUUUGGAAGCAGAGUUCUCUGUUUUCUUUACCACUUUUUUUUAUCACACUUUUGCUUUGUUUUUUGUUUGUUUGUCUAUCUGUGUGUCUGAGGAAGAAGAAGGUGUCUGAGAAAAAAUGGGAAAUUUGCAUCUAUAACAUACAAAAAAACUUUAAUUAAGUAACUAACCAAAACAAAAAAUGUAUGUGAUAUUCUGUGU